AUGGCAUGGGCUACUACGGAUGUCUUUCCUCUCCGUCCUGCCCCACGUCCCGACGCUCUCCACUCCGCCCCACGCCCCGCCACUUUCUGUCCCGCCCCACGCUCCCGACGCUCCACCCCGCCCCACGCCCCGCCACUCUCCGUCCUGCCCCACGUCCCGACGCUCUCCACUCCGCCCCACGCCCCGCCACUCUCCGUCCUGCCCCACGUCCCGACGCUCUCCACUCCGCCCCACGCCCCGCCACUCUCCGACCCGCCCCGCGUCCCGACGCUCUCCACUCCGCCCCACGCCCCGCCACUCUCCGUCCUGCCCCACGUCCCGACGCUCUCCACUCCGCCCCACGCCCCGCCACUCUCCGACCCGCCCCACGUCCCGACGCUCUCCACUCCGCCCCACGCCCCGCCACUCUCCGUCCUGCCCCACGCCCCUGACGCUCCACUCCCCCACGCCCCGCCACUCUCCGACCCGCCCCACGCCCCGCCACUUUCUGUCCCGCCCCACGCCCUCGCCCUGCAAAAAUCAAUUCGUUAUGGCAUGGACCACUACGGAUGUCUUUCACGGGAUGGAGGAAUCUGCCGCUUCUUGAAUUUUGGCGACUAUGGUUGCUUCAAACUCGUCAAGGGUGAGUGA